UAUCCCUAUAUAGUGUUAGAAAUAUCUGCAGCCUCUUCUGAUAAUCCUAUGCAGUGUUACGGUUUGAAGACAGAGAUUGAAAAACACACAGAACGAGUAGAUUGAUGACAUGGCAUGGAAGGCGUCAUGGUCCCAAUGGUCCAUUAGGUGGAUUUUGCUUUGCAUCCUAGUCCUGCUUGUUUCAUCUUACAAUGACAGUGAACUUCAUCUUAGAACCAUUAGACUGAUGAAGCAGGCUCCUUUAAUUGAUGGGCACAAUGACUUUGCACUGCAGAUUAGAAGACUGUACCAGAACAAACUAUCCACAAUAAACCUGAGGAUAUUGAACAGCACCCGAACCAACAUUAAGAAACUUAAAGAUGGUUAUGUUGGAGCACAGUUCUGGUCAGCAUACGUUUUGUGCAGUUCCCAAGAUAAGGAUGCAGUGAGGCUUGCACUUGAACAAAUCGAUGUAAUUAAGCGAAUGUGCAAUGAAUAUGAUGAGCUUGAGCUUGUGACCUCAUCAGAAGGUAUUGUUAAAACUUCAAAACUUGCCUGUCUUAUUGGAAUAGAAGGAGGACACGCUAUAGACAGCAGUUUGGGAACCCUGAGGAUGUUCUAUGAUCUGGGAGUUAGAUAUAUGAGUCUAACACACACCUGCAAUACUCCAUGGGCUGAAACCUCUUCAUAUGGAGUUCAUUCAUCUUACCAAGAUACUAAAAGCCUAACUGAUUUUGGAAAAGAAGUGGUAAAAGAAAUGAAUAGAAUAGGUAUGAUCAUCGACUUGUCCCAUACCUCCUUCAGCACAUCCCGAGAAGUUUUGAAUGUAUCAAAAGCACCCGUGAUAUUCAGUCACUCUGCUGCCUUUGCUUUGUGUAAAAUUAAUCGAAAUAUCCCAGAUGACAUUUUAAAGCAAGUUAAAGAGAACAAAGGUCUGGUGAUGGUGAAUUUCCACACAGAAUUUGUUGCAUGCCAAAAGACUGCAAACAUCUCAACUGUGGCAGAUCAUUUUGACUACAUAAGUAGGGUUGCUGGAUUUCAGUCCGUUGGCAUAGGAGGAGACUAUGAUGGAGUAAAUGGGUACCCCAGUGGGCUUGAAGAUCCUUCAAAAUACCCAUCGUUGAUUCAAGAACUGCUACGACGAGGGUGGAAGGAGAAAGAGCUAGAGGGAGUUUUAAGAGGAAAUUUUUUGCGUGUAUUUAGAGAAGUAGAGAAGGUAAGAGAUGAACAGAUAUAUUUGAACCCAAGCGAGGAAGAAAUUUCAGAUGAUGAAUUGAACUAUUCUUGUCGUCUUGACCUGAGAUCAUUUGAACCAAAAAAUCUUCAAAAGUCUGGUGGCCAAGAGAAAGGCAGAAGCAUGUUAGAUUUAAUACUAAAUGUUUCAAUUAUAUUUUUACCAGUACUUUUGCGUGAAUUGAGAGGAUGGUAAAUUAAUGAUAUGAUUGCAAAAUAAAUUACAGUAAACCUGAUGAAAAA